UAGUGAUAAUUUUAACAAAAUCAGUGAUCAUGAUUAAUUAAAGCAUUAACAAAUAGUGGUUGUAAGUAACAAGAUUCACAGGCAGUGAUCAAGAUCAAAAUAACAUGAAUAGUUAGUCAUAGAAUGAAAUAAGAUAAAAUAUACGAUAUGUACAAUUCAUAUUUUUUAAAUCUUCGAAAUAUAUAUACUUUCAGUAUGGCGCAUAUUUGUCAUUUUUGCGGAGCUGGCUUCACAACAAAAUACAAUAUGCAGCGGCAUUUAAGAAGCGUUCAUCAGCUGAAUUUACAUCACAAUUUAUCAUUUAUAUGCGAUCAAUGUCCGGCAAUAUACACAAGAAAAGAAAAACUUGAAGAACACGUUAACUCGAAACAUCCUUCAGACAGUAGUCCUGUUUUUACAUGUAACGAAUGCAGUAAAACAUUUGCCUACAAAAGGUUGCUAAAACGACACGAGGAGACCCAUAGUGAUGUCACUUUUUAUUGUGAUAUAUGUCUUGCAGAAAAGGGAUUUGAUGUUGGUGUUCAUUGUUAUACGACCAAGGCUAACCUCAAUAGGCAUAAAAAUGUCGCACAUGGAGGAGUGGAAUUGGUGUUAAUGCCUUGCCCCCAAUGUGGUAAAACAUUUUACAAAAGGAAUUCUCUUCAAAGACAUAUGAAAAGAAAACAUUAGACCACAACAACUGCACAAAGACAAUUUAUGUUCAAGCAUGUAACAUUAUAGCAAGAAAUAAAAGAAUCGAAAUUUAUUUCACAUUUGAAUCUGAUCCCCAGGAGCACUCAGUCCCCAUAGUGAACAGGAUAUGUUAAAUACAUGUAAAGGAUCCUAUAACUGAGUCUCGCAAUUACUUCUAUAUAACGAAAGCAUUUUUUAGAGUAUAAUAGCUUAGCCAUUUUAGCUUAAAUAGUAGUGUAUUGCCAUUGGACUUAGAAUAAAACUAUGGCAUAAAGUUAUUCAGCCAACAGUGGUGAAUGUUUUCUGAAAAAAAUCAGCAAAAUUGUACAUAGGAUAAUUGAUUUAUUAUGAUGUAAUCAUCAGCUUCAAUUGACCAAAUCGGAAAAAGCUAGCACUAUUUCUACCAUACAUGUUGUCUUAAGAAUAAAAUUACGCAAUCUUACA